AAGAAAAAAACUUACAAAAUACUGAUCAUAUUGGUCUCACAGGCCAUAAAAGUUACUUGGAAAAAGAAAAAUUAAAAAAUAAUAGAAAUAAGUACAUAAGAAAGUAAAUAAAAGAAUACCGGGAGACGGCAGUCGGCGAUGUUGCCACAUUGUCCCCCUUUUUCAUCAACUUCUCACCUCCAUAUCUCGAUCCAUCAGAUUUUACCUAUAAUGGACAAGCAGAAGGCCAAAAUAUUAUUUGAUCUCCUUCGAUCAAGCAACAGUGAAAAAGUGGUCCGAGGAUUGCGAGAGAUCAAGAAAAGGUUGCUGACAAAUAUUGAAAAUCUUGUGAUUUUUCGGAGUUUUGGUUUAGUUCCUCAAGCACUGAAACUUGUUCAGCGGCCAAAUGAAGACAUUCUUAAUGGAGCUUUGAGCAUCCUUAGUGGCUGUUGUACUAAUGAAGCAGCUAGGAAUGAGGUUUAUAAUGUGGGUGGUGCCAUCCAUCUAUUGAAUGUGCUCAAAUGUGCGAAGUCGGAGUCUUUACAGCUGCGUGCCUGUAGGACUAUGGCUAAUCAGGCACAGCAUCGACCCAGCUGCGAUAUAUUUUUUAAGCUCAAUGCUGUAGAGCUUGUCAUUGAGAUGUUAACGAAGUGCAAAGAAGAUGAGACGAAGGUUACAGCCAUUAGGGGCUUGAGAAUAUUAGCCAAUAAUGGGGAGCACUGCCAAAAGAUUGUCACGAGUAAAGGCAUUCUACACAUAUGCUCCGUUGGAUUUGGUACUACUGCCAACUCACCGAGUUCUGAUCUUCUGCGCUCCACAGUAAAAGCUAUUGCACAUUUCUCUCGGAUUUCCCACCCAGCAUGCGUGAGUCAGAUUAUGGAAGGAACUGAUAACAUGAUGUUAGUAUCAAAAUUGUGUGAAAAUUCUGACUUGGAAAUUUACGAAUGUGUGUUGCGAACCAUUUUAAAUGUAGUGCAGACAUGCUUUGAGUCCACCACACACAAACGUGAUGCACUGGAUGCCAAAGUUAUCGAUCGUCUCUGCACUGCCCGUGCUCCAACUAUCAUAGUGUCUGAACUUCAAAACAGACGUGUGAAUUCCAUUGAAGAGGAGAAGCUUAUUUUAGCCCUCUGCAAGUUUUGUGAAGGGUCAAGUGAGUGUAACAACUUGACAAUUGGCUCGUUUUCUGAGCCCCCAACAUUUUUGGGACGGGCUUGGAUGCAACUGAUAGAAUGUGGGGGUAUAACACUUCUAGUCUCCCUCCUGAUCACACACCGCCAUCAUGCCAAAGUCAGACCAGCCAUUUUGAAAGCUAUUCUUGGGGUAGAACACAAUUACUCAUAUAAAGAUACAAUUCUGAAGCACUUUCUUGCUGCCAAACUUUUGCCGCAGCUUGCUGAGCAGUUUGAUGAAUUGAUGACCGAGUAUAAAGCUGUUCGCCGAGACUUCCAACCUGGAUGCUGCAUCCACACUCUCAAAACUGAAGCUUUGCAAAACCAAGUUAAAAAAGUAGAAAAAAUUGAUGGUGACCAAUGUGAUAAAACUGAAGGUGAUGAAGAGAAGGAAAAUAAGACAGUUGUGGAAAAAGAAAUUGUGUUAAAUAGUAGCACUACAAUACUAAGCAGUGCUCUUAGCAGCACAAGUGUCCCAAAAGUUUAUCCUAAUUCUCCAGAUUCUGAGGCAGAUCUUACAUCAAAUUCUGCAUCUAGAAGUUCUACAAUAGCACCGUACUCAGCAUGUGUCUUCCAGAAAGACGGCACAUCUGCUCCUGUAACAACUCCAAAAUUAAAAUUACAAACAGAGUUUAUCCAGCAUAAAUCAAUAUCUUGUCAUUCAUCUGAAAGAGAAUGUGGCCAAAUACCAGUUGAUACUCUUCUCCCUAUUUCUUUCGACAGUUCUUCAUACAACCCUCAGAGUCCUGGAGUACUCAACUACCAUAAUCCAAAGAGUCCUGGAAGUGUGUCUUGUUCUCCCAGAAGUAAUCUGUCUAACUCAGAGUCCAGUCACUUCUCUUCCACAUGGCCACUGCCUCAAACCUCUGGUGAUUCAUCACCAGUGUUAUCAUUUGCAGGUACUUCUUUUUCUCAGAGUAAUCCUUUGAAUAUGACUCCUUGGCCUCUUGACUCUGCCUUGUCAUCACCUCCAACAUCUCCAUAUGCAUCGCCCCCUCAUUCUCCCAUGAUCCACUCUCCGCCUCGCUGUACAUCUCCAAUUAAAGUUCCAUCAGAUUGGGAGUAUGACGACGAGGAAGAAAUGGAACAUUCAGACGAGGAUGGAAGAUUCUCCCCUGUGGUACAUGAUACAAAGGAUAAUGAUUUUGAAGACAAAAUAGAAAUUGAUGGGCCUGAAGAGAGUGAUUUGAGCAAUGAUGAUAUCUCUCAAGAUGGAUGCACCGGUCCUUCUGUAGUAAAUGCUCAAGAACCGUUAAUGAAUAAUUUAUAUAUGAAUGAGAGUGAAGAACUUAGUAAACAUAUUGAUGAAAAGUUAGUCGGAAGUCCUACAGCUGGGAAAAGGCUGAGAGAUUCUAGUGCAAUUUGUGUAAGUGUAGAGAUCCCUCAGGGAAAGAAAAUUAAAUGUGAUAUAAAUACACUGAGCAGUAAUAAACCUCAAGAAAACAAUGAGAAUAGUUUAACGUCAAAUGAGUUGAAAGUGAACAAUUGCCAGUCAUCUUCAGGUGCUGAGUCAUUGGAUAAAGAGGUAGAGAAAGGGACAGACACAGUAAAGUCUCCUUUUAUACGACUUAACCAAAUUAAAUUCCGCGUAAGGAAGAAAGGCCACAUCAGGCGUCAAAUCAGCCCUACUGCAGAGGAGACCAUGACUGAUGUUCAUAAAGCAGUAAAGGUGUUAGAAAAGAGUCAAGAGCAACAGUGUGUUCAGCAAGCAACUAGUCCUGUUCGCAGAGACAGCAAUAUUUGCUCAACUUCAGUAUAUUCUGAUCUAAAUUCAGAAGAGACUCAGAGUUUGAAAUUACUCGAGUUGGUUGUCCGUGUUAUCAGUCAGGUUGCUCAUGUGAAGGAGGCAAUAAACCCAGUGUGCCGAGAGUUUGUUCCUCGGAUUGUGACCUACCUCUCUACAGUCCAAGUGAUCCACAAGUCAGCAACCAGAAUGUUGGUUACAAUUGCUAGAAACCCCUUGUGUAUCCAGCCUCUGCUGGACAGUCUUUUCAUACCCUAUGUGGGAGUGGAACUGGGAGAAGCUGGUGACCCUGAGUCUCCCAAUGGGUGUUCUCAGUGUCGCAUUCUCUCAGAAGGAGCGGUGGCCUUUCUUGAUCAGAUGGUCAACUUCUUUAAUCAUGUUCAUCAGUAUGGGCAGUGUGAGGUCUCCAACAGGCUCAAUCCUGCCCGUAAUUACAAUUAUAGAGAAGGAUGUGUUAUGGCACUUCCACAUAUAACAAGAUGCCCCAAACUUUUACACGACUUCAUGCUGGGUUACUCAGCACUGGACUUGCUGAUGAAUGUUCUGCACUCGGAGAAGCCUCCUAAUGAAGCCAGCUACAUGUAUGCCACUGCAGCCAUCUCAAGAUUAGCCAAAACACUUCAGCUAGAUAAUCGUUUUAAACCUGUCAAGUGUGCUGUGUGCCUGCGACAAGGGAAGCACACCCCUGAGGAAGUUGCCGAUCAUUUCAAAAUGCAGCUUAAUAAUGAUAAAAUGUUAAAUGACAAGCUCACUAAUUUGCUUGUCCUUGGCAAUUCUUUAGGAUCUGAAAAAUCAGAAUCCAAAAAAUGCAAGUGGAAAGACGAUGAAGUUAAGGAUGUGACAUUCAAGCUGGAAGAUGGUAGCACAGUAUCAGCUAACAGGGAGUUUUUGUCAGAGAAGAACGAAGUGCUAAGGGGAAUGUUGAUGGGGUCAUUUGUCGAGGGUGAAAGUUCGUUUGUUAAACUAGCACUGAAAAGCAAGUCAUCUCUGGAAAUGCUCAUACAUUUUUUGUAUGGCUGUCGAUGUGAUUUCAUGGAAAGUAAGAAUGUGACAGAAUAUAUUGAUCUCGUGUUCCUUUCUCAAAUGUACUUGGUGGAAGAUUUGCAUUCCUAUGCCAUGCUUAAAUUGUUGGAUUCCAUCAGUGAUGGUGAAGAUAUCAUCAGGAUUUAUGAGAGUGGUGUAGGACACAUUGAUGAAAAUUUAAUUUUGCAGGUGCUGUGCAUAGCACUUGUUAGGCCAAUGAAGACAUGGAAAAGAGCUCGCUGGCUGAAAGAGCUCUUCCAGUCCAGUCAUUCUGAAGACAUUGAUCAUAAUAUACGUAUGAUUAUUCAUCAUCCUUUAGAUAUGAAUCGAUUAGUUUGCUGCUGUGAUCAGUCACAGUGUUUAUAUAAGGUCAGUGAAAGUGAAUAUACAAAACUGUGUUGAUUAUCUAAUGGACAAAAAGUAUGUUGAGUAUUUUUAUUGUACAAUAAAUUUGGCGAAUUUUUGCUAAUUAACUUCAGCGUUAAAGUAGCUAUACGUAUUAUUCUGAAAGCUAAAGCCAAAAAUAUUAUAGGUACUUAUAAAAAGAUAUGUUGUAGUUAAGUCUUUUUAUUACAUAUUUUAAGUUCAGUGUUUAUAGAGAGCACAUUAGUUACUUGUGUACUAUUAUUCUGUGUGUGAAUCACUAUCUUUACUUUUGCUGUUUACCUUGUGAAGGGCCCCCAUAUUAUAAGUAAUCUUGUUUAAUUUUCUAUGUAUUAUACUUGGUUGUACAUAUUUAUAAUCAUUGGGAAGUAUUCCCCCAUUAAACAAGAUGUAUGCUCUGUCAAGAUGUAUGCUCUGUCCUUUGUAUGCUGAGGACUGAAUAAUCCUGGUUAUGGGACAUCCUUGUUUCUUAUUUACCGGCGAUUAAAUCAUAUUCCCCACACAGUUGUAGAGACCCUCUGUUUAGUGGACUGUUGGGGAGCAGGUGGUCAGUAAUGGAAAUUGUAGUAGAUAGAGAAAAGAUUGUUUUUUGUGACUUUGGAAAUCUGGAACAAAAUCUAUUGGACCAGUAGAUCUGGAAACAAUGGGCAAGGUCCUAUGGUCACAGAAUUGCUGAUAAUGAACAGUACAGCACCCAAAGGACUGGCCAUUUGCAAAUCCACUGAUCCACUGGAUUGUGUUUUAUAUCUCCAAAGUCCACUAAAUGGAGAUCCAUUAAACUGGAGGUUUACUGUACUUUAAUGUGUGAAACAUUUUAGUGCAGACUUCAGUGUAUUUGAUGGUACUAAGUCCUGGAAGUGGGAAGUACAGUGCCUGCCCUCUGAAGAGGGGUUUAGGAUGUUUGCUGUUUAGAGUGACAUCCUUUCUUAGAAAAUAUCUGUGUUCAAGACCUAAAACAAAAAAUGAAAGUUUCUCUUUUUAAAUUUAGUAAUGUAUACAGGAGAAGGGGUUACUAGCCCCUUGCUCCCGGCAUUUUAGUCGUCUCUUACCACAUGCAUGGCUUACGGAGGAAGAAUUCUGUUCCACUUCCUCAUGGAGAUAAGAGGAAAUAAAUGAGAACAAGAACUGUUAAGAAAAUAGAAGAAACCCCAGAGGGGUGUGAAUAUAUAAUAUAUAUGCUUGUACAUGCAUGUAUAGUAUGAUGAAAGUGUAAGUAGAAGUAGCAGGAUGUACCUGAAAUCUUGCUAUAUUUGCAAAUUUCUUGAAUAAGUCAUUUAGGGGUUAUGUCUUAUGUCAGCUUCAGAAAAUUAAAAAGUCUGGAGGAUGGUGGUAUAUCUAACAGUCAUUUCAGCAACUGUCUGUAAAAAAAAUUACAUAACAUAAACAGUGUGGAAAGCUAUUCUUUCUCUGGGUAAAUAUAACAUUCUCAAAUUUUUCAUUUUACUUUUAGGCAUAUAACAGUAUAUUCAAAGAAAUUCCCAACUAACCCACUGUUUAGAGAGGAAAUUUUAAGAAGUGUUUUGGUCUGUCCUGAAGUAUUAGUUGUGAUUGAGAGAUAAAAAGGGAAGAAAGCCAAAUGACAGGUCAGGUGAAGAGGCAAGGAGAAAGCCAAGAUCAGGUUCUAAAGGUUAAAGCAAGGUUCUGAAGAUUAGAAAGGCAAGUUUUCCUUUCAGGUACAGGUUUGGCACUGGUUUUUAAUAUUUUAAUAAUUGAUAGAAACAAAACUGGGGACUUAGAUUCAUGUUAGAAAUAUUUGGUAUAAGAGUUUAACAAGACAGUAUCUGUGAAGGCUACUGUCCCUGUUCACAUAGCAGUAAGUAGGUACCUGGGUGUUAGUCAACUGAUGUGGGUUCCAUCCUGGGAAACAAGAUUAAAGGCCCCCAAUGGAAAUAAGACACAGUCCGUGUUGACACACUAACUUUCUUGGGUUAUCCUGGAUAGCUAACCCUCUAGGGUAACAAUCCAAACAAAUUUGAUUUUAUCUUAAAGAUUAAUUUAUCAGAGAACCAGCUGUGUGUUCUUUGAAGUUAGACAGAAAGGAAAAGCCUCUUUUGCCUACUGUAUGUAUUACAGAGACAAGAGGAGUAGGAAAUAGAGCAGACACUAGAAAUUUAAGUGAAAGAUUACUACAGAUUACUACAAAGUGCAUUACUGUGGUUUGACUAAAUGCAAGUUUAAAGUCUAGAGAAUAAAGGAUGGUGUUAAAGAUACUUGAAAUGGAAAUCCAGUUAAGAGAAGACAAAGUGCACAAGUUUUCACAUCAUUGUGUUUUGGAGAGAAAAUCCAUUUCCCAGUCAUAAUUCGUCACUUGUGAGAUCUCUGCCUGCACUGUCAGUCUGAAGUAAUGACUAGGCUUAAUCAUAUUAUAAUUGUGCUUCUGAUCUAUGUGACUGGAGUUAUCGUCUUUCUUGGAUCCAGUCUGAUUGCCUCCUAUUCCCAGAGCACUCUGUGAACCUAAGAAGUUUAGCAUAUCUUUGUGAAUAUAAUAAUAGUGAUGAAAAGAGCUGGUCGUCUUCACACUGUCACUGUUAGUUGUGGGUAAAGAGGGCUCUCUAUUAAUUCAGAUUUUAUUUGACUCUUUCUGAUUGCAACUGACUUGUAUUGACUGAAUUUUUUUUUGUAUUUUAGCUCCCACUCUCGGCACAUUCCAUUCUACUUUUAACCCUUUACAGUAUGUAUUAUAUAUUGACUUUAAUUUUGUUAUUUGAAUGUUUGUAUUGUUAUUAUAAAAAAGUACAGUAAGGCCCAGCUUUCAUGGCGGGUUAAGUUCCUGACUUCCACCAAAAAGAGAAAAUUGCUUGGCCUGGUGGCCUGGUGGUUAAUGCUCUCACUUCACACGGCGAGGGCCUGGGUUCGAUUCCCAGCCAGAGUAGAAACAUUGGACGUGUUUCUUUCAACCUGUUGUCUAUGUUCCCCAUCAGUAAAAUGGGUACCUAGGUGUUAGUCGACUGGUGUGGGUCGCAUCCUGGGACACUGACCUAAGGAGGCCUGGUCACAGACCGGGCCGCGGGGGCGUUGACCCCCGGAACUCUCUCCAGGUAAACUCCAGGUAGCCUCUUUUCAUGUUCAAAUGCAUAUAAAAGCCUGAUAACAUGCUUGAUGCAUCAUAUAUUGAGUGUGCAAUAGAGCUAAGCCUAAAAAGAAAGAUACGAAAGCAUGUGACUGGUUUGAUGGUCAGUCCACACAAGUAAAAGUUUUUUCAUGUUAGCAGUACAGUCAUCAGGUUUUCUUAUAGCUAGUGUUCAUUGGUGUAACACUUAAUUUCCUUCAACACUUUCUCCUUAAAGUUCACAAAUGUGCUAACUGUUUCGCAAGCCACACCUAACUUACGUCCUUGCUCACGGAAUUUAAUCACUUGUAACUUGGCAUUUAAAGUAAGAGGCUUAUGACUCCUCAUUUUUAUCACAGCUACCCUUAGAUGCCAUUGUAAUUAACACUAAAAUUUUAUAUAGUACAAUGGUACCUUGAGUUACGAGCUUAAUUCGUUCCAGAAGGCUGUUCGAAUGCUGAUACCGAACGAAUUUGUUCCCACAAGGAAAAAUGAAAAUUAGAUUAAUCAGUUUCAGACCCCCAAAAAUACACUUACAAAAGCACUUACAAAAGUACACUUACAUAAUUGUUCGAGUUGGGAGCUGCUCAUAACUCAAGGUACCACUGUAUAUGCAUAAUAACUUUAAAACAUUUGAAAAUGGUAAAUUGCGAGAAUACAGAGAGAUGCAGGGCAUACAAAUGCUGUAAACAAACUGAAUCACUGAGAGUAAAAUGGCACUGGAUGCCCUUCCCUGACUCAGCUGUUGAGUGUCAGGCUGAAAAAGCGGAACAAGCGCCGAACAUAAUGAACAAUAGGUAUAAUUGAGAGUCACUGAAUUAGCGGAAUACUGAAAAGUGGAAUGCUGUAAAGCAGGGCCCUACUUUAUAGUACUGAAAUGUAAGAGGAUUUUGCUAAGUUUUACAGUAUGCCUCAGUUAACCUUGGGAUUUGAUUGAAAACUUUUCCUUCUUAUGUACGACCCCCACAGAGCAUUUCUGUGUAAAUGAAUUGUAUGGAUAAAUGUCAGAGUUCAUUGUCAUAAAAAUUAUCUUUCAUUCUUAUAGUAAAUGCUGUAAUUACCAGCAGAAUAUUCUAUCUACAUUGUUGUCUGAGCCAUGUGUGUCGUAAGAGGUGACUGAAAUGCUGGGAGCAAGGGGCUAGUAACACCUUCUCCAGUAUAUACAUUACAGCCUCUCCUCACUUACUGUUGAGGGAAAUGCUACAAGCUACAUCAAAGAUUAAAUAGUGGACUGAAAUGGGACUGAGCUUGAUAGACAGCUUUCACCUACACAGCCGUCCCUGCAGGCAAUGUCUUAAGAAGCUGUCGUAUGCCAUCCCUCAAGGGCUGGAAAUUAAAAUAUAUUAUGAGUUUAAUUACCCUUAGCGGGUGUUAUGUCAGUAUUUUCAUUACUGAAUACUGACUGGAUCUAAUGAAUCCUAUAUUCACGUUUGUGGGCUAAAAAGCCCGUAUGUCACUGGGGUAUAUGGUAAUCUGUUCAUCGUAUAUAAUUCUCAGCUGUGUAGUCAAUGGAAUCAUCACACGCUAAACAGACUUACCUGGGUUUGUGUAUCGGACCCUUACACCCGGAUAUCAUUAACUUGAUUGAAGAAUAGUGUCUUUGAGAAUGUCCACGUCUUCCACAGUCUGGAAAUACACAGCCUGGUACGCUAUGUUCCACAAGGUUUGUCUUUUGUGGUAAUGUCAUUAAAGAAGCUCAACACACUUCUUGGUAAUAGGUUUAUAGUUAAUAUGGAGAUUGUCUGAGGUACAGCAAUGCUCAAUUUACUUCCUUUGUUCAUUCUUAGCAUGAAGUGGUCUUUACUGCACCAUUAUAUAUUGCAAUCUAGCCGACGGCGUCUCCGUCUACCCCCAGCUUCCCAACACACAAAAGAAGUGCUGAUAAAGCAUAUUUCCCCUGCUUGCCAAACUUCCACUAUGAAGCAAUGCAAAAUGCUUGAUUCUUGCUGUCUUAAGCAUAGACAACAAUGUACAUCUUUAACAUGGUAAUAAAGUGGGUGCAGGAUUUUCCUUAAUAGUCCUGCUAAGGUAAGAGAUUGAUUGUCUCUUAUUUAAACUACACUACUUGAACACUGGUCUCUUGCAAAGAGCCACAUGACCCUGUCACAUGCUGGUACUGCAUCUGGGAUCAAUUGAAGUGUUGACGCAGAGAUGCAGAAGCAAGACGCCAUCAGCCCCUUUGGAGGGCUGAGUCCCUCAGAGAGCUGAAGGGGUUGGUACCCCCCUCCUUGAGAAAUUUCUCCACACUUACCGACAUACUCAUUUACUAACGACUCGGACUUACGAUGGGCUCUCUGACCAGCAUGCAUACCUAAAUAGUGUAUACUAGAGCUGAUUUCUUUCAUUCUGUUUAUUACAAUAUACACUACAUUACUGUAUAAACAUAUAAAAAUAUACCAGAAAUGUUAUAAAUGGUGCAAAGGUGACAUUAAAACAAUAUCGAAGAUGGUUGACACAAACUCACUACCAUUAUAAUAAUAUGUUCCUCACUUAACGACGAAUUUGUUUACCGACAUGGUCUUAGGAACAGAACUCCGUCGUUAAGUAGGAGAGGCUGUACUAAUUUUAGAGAGAAAAACUUUUCUUUUUCUUUUUAUAUCACUCUACCUCAGUAGGAUAUGGCCGGUUUGUUAAAAAAAAAAGUGUCUGAAUGAGGGAACUUGGCCAAUUAUACAUGGUGAUGUCAUAAACAUGUUAAAAGUAUACACAAAGUAGUGUUUAAAGUGACAUAUCUUUUCAGAGGCAGGGUAAAUCAGGGCUUGAUCUGAUUUACCUUCGCUUUAAUGAUAAGUUUUUAUUAUUAACACAUCGGCCGCUUCUCACCAAGGCAAGGUGGACCGAAAAAGAAAAACUUUAAUCAUCAUUCACUCCAUCACUAUCUUGCAAGAGGUGUGUUUACACUACAGUUAUAAAACUGCAACACUAACACCCCUCCUUCAGAGUGCAGAGACCGUACUUCCCAUCUCCAAAACUCAAGUCCAGCCUGCUGGUUUCUGUGAAUCCCUUCAUAAAUGUUACCCUGCUCACACUCCAACAGCACUUUAAGUCCUAAAAACCAUUUGUCUCCAUUCACUCCUAUCAAAUACGCUCAUGCAUGCUUGCUGGAAGUCGAAGCCCUUCCCUCCAACUUUUCCUAGGCCGACCCCUUCCUCGUCUUCCCUCCAUUACAGAUUUAUACACUCUUGAAGUUAUUCUAUUUUGUUCCAUCCUCUCUACAUGUCCAAACCACCUCAACAACCCUUCCUCAGCCCUCUGGAUAAUAGUUUUGGUAAUCCCAUACCUCCUCCUAAUUUCCAAACUACGAAUUCUCUGCAUUGUAUUCACACCACACAUUGCCCUCAAACAUGACAUCUCCACUGCCUCUAGUCUUCUCCUUGUUGCAACAUUCACCACCCAUGCUUCACAUCCAUAUAAGAGUAUUGGUACAACUUUACUCUUUGCUUCCACAGACAAAGUUCUUUGUUUCCACAGACUCUUAAGUGCACCACUCACCCUUUUCCCCUCGUCAUUUCUAUGAUUCACCUCAUCCUUCAUAGACCCAUCUGCUGACACAUGCACUCCCAAAUAUCUGAAUACAUUAACCUCCUCCAUACUCUCUCCCUCCAAUCUGAUAUCCAAUCUUUCGUCACCUAAUUUUUUUGUUAUCAUCACCUUACUCUUCUCUUACAACCCCAUCUAUAAAUAUAUUGAACAACCACAGUGACAUCACACAUCCUUGUCUACGGCCUACUUUUACUUGGAAAUAAUCUCCCUCUCUCCUAUAUACUCUAACCUGAACCACACUAUCCUCAUAAAAACUCUUCACUGCUUUCACUAAGCUACCUCCUUUACAUACACCUGCAACAUCUACCACAUUGCCUUCCUAUCCACCCUGUCAUAUGCCUUUUCCAAAUCCAUAAAUGCCACAAAAACCUUUUUACUCUUAUCUAAAUACUGUUCAACUAUAUGUUUCACUGUAAACACUUGGUCUACACCCCCAUACUGUUUCUAAAACCUCCUUGUUCAUCUGCUGUCCUACUCUCUCUUACUCUUAAUUCUUUUAAUAAUAACUCUGCCAUACAUUUUUACCAGGUAUACUGAGCAGACUUCUUCUUUCAACACACCGGCCAUAUCCAACUGAGGCAGGGUGGCCCAAAAGGAAAAACGAAAGUUUCUCCUUUUACAUUUAGUAAUAUAUACAGGAGAAAGGGUUACUCAGCAGACUUAUUCCCCUAAAAUUUUUGCACUCACUUUUGUCCCCUUUGCCUUUAUGCAAAGGAUCUAUGCAUGCUCUCUGCCAAUCUGUAGGCACCAUAUCCUCUUCCAUACAUUCAUUAAAUAAUAGCACCAACCAUUCCAAAACUAUUUCUCUACCUGCUUUUAACAUUUCUAUCUUUAUUCUGUCAGUCCCAGCUGCCUUACUCCCUUUCAUUCUACCCACGACCUCACAAACUUCCCCCACACUCACAACUGGCCCCUCCUCACUCCUACAAGAUGUUAUUCCUCCUUGCCCUAUACUCAAAAUCACAGCCUCCCUGUCUUCAUCAGCAUUUUACAAUUCCUCAAAAUAUUCCCUCUAUCUUCCCGAGACCUCUAACUCUCCAUUUAAUAACUCUCCUCUCCUAUUUUUAACUGUCAAAUCCAUUCAUUCCCUAGGCUUCCUCAACUUAUUAAUCUCACUCCAAAGCUUUUUCUUAUUUUCAACAAAAUUUGUUGACAACAUCUCACCCACUCUCAUUUGCUCUCUUUUCACAUUGCUUCACCACUUUCUUAACCUUUCUUUUUCUCUCCAUAUACUCUUCCCUCCUUGUAUUACUUCUUUGUGAAAACCUCUCAUCUGCUAACUUUUUCUUUCUUUACAUCAUCAUUCCACCAAUCGCUCUUUUUCCCUCCUGCACCCACUUUCCUGUAACCACAAACUUCUGCUGAACACUCUAACACUACAUUCUUAAACCUACCCCAUACAUCUUUGACCUCAUUGCCUAUAUUCUCACUAGGCCAUCUAUCCUCCAAUAGUUGUUUAUAUCUUACCUUAACUGCCUCCUCUUUUAGUUUAUAAACCUUCACCUCUCUCUUACUUGCUGCUUCUAUUUUUCUUGUAUCCCGUCUACCUUUUACUCUCACUGUAGCUACUACUAAAAAGUGAUCUGAUAUAUCUGUGGCCCCUCUAUAAACAUGUACAUCCUGAAGUCUACCCAACAAUCUUUUAUCUACCAAUACAUAGUCCAACAAACUACUGUUACUAUGCUCUACGUCAUAUCUUGUGUACUUGUUUAUCCUCUUUUUCUUAUAGUAUGUAUUACCUAUAACUGUACCCCUUUCUAUACAGAGUUCAAUCAAAGGGCUCCCAUUAUCAUUUCCACCUGGCACCCCAAACGUACCUACCACACCUUCUAAAUGUUUCUCCUACUUUAGCAUUUAGGUCCCCUACCACAAUUACUCCCUCACAUGGUUCAAAGGUUCCUAUACAUUCACUUAACAUCUCCCAAAAUCUCUCUCUCUCUCCUCUACACUCCUCUCCUCUUCAGGUGCAUACAUGCUCAUUAUGACCCACUUUUUGCAUCUGACCUUAUUUUAAUCCACAUAAUCCUUGAAUUUAUACAUUUAUUUUCCCUCUUCUCCUUCCAUAACUGAUCCUUUACCAUUAUUGCUACCCCUUCCUUAGAUCUAACUCUGUCAGAUACUCCUGACAAUCCCAUUUAUUUCUCCCCACUGAAACUCGCCUACCCCCUUCGGCUUUGUUUCGCUUAGGGCCAGGACAUCCAACUUCUUUUCAUUCAUAACGUUAGAAAUCAUCUCUUAUCAUCCGCACUUCAACCACGCACAUUCAAGCAUCCCAGUUUUAUAAAGUUUUUCUUCUUCUCUUUUUUAGUAAUGUAUACAGGAGAAGGGGUUACUAGCCCAUUGCUCCCGGCAUUUUAGUCACCUCAUACGACACGCAUGGAGGAAAGAUUCUUUUCCACUUCACCAUGGGAAAUAGAGGAAAUAAAGAAUAAGAGCUAUUAAGAAGCAAUAUUUCCCAUAAGAAAUAAUGGAAAUACAAUUAAUCCGUUCCAGAAACCCAAAAAUAUUCACACAAAAAAUACAUUUUAUAGAGAUUAAUUACAGUUUUACAUACAACAAAUACUAUAGUUUUUAAUUAUGUAUAGUAAUACAUAUAAGAUAACAUUUUUACUUACCUUUAUUGAAGAUUGGUGAUGGCAUCUGGAAGAUAGGGAGGAGGAGAGAGGGAGUUGAGGUUAGUGUUUGGAAGGAGAAUCCCCCUCCAUGAGGACUUCAGGUAAAGCCCUCUCUGGGGUUACUUCCCUUCCCUGUCUUUUAAUGCCACUAGGACCAGCUUGAGAGUCACUGGACCCCUGUCUCACAAAAUAACUGUCCACAGUCCUCUGUUUCUGGCACCUCUUUAACAUUUCCCUAAAAUGGGACAUGGUUCUGUCACUGAACUUGUUGCAAAGAUGGCUUGUUUCAGCUUGCUCAGGGUGGUACUUCUGCACAAACAUUUGGACAUCAUUCCACUUGGCACAAAUUUCCUUAAUCUUUGAAGAAGGCACCCCAUCCACUCCCUAUAUUAACACCUUUCGCAACAUCAGCUUCCUUGAUUUGUUCUUUCUCUGACAGGAUAAAACCGAUGGUCGACUUGUUUUUCCCAUACAUCCUGGCAAGCUCAACAAGUCUCACACCACUCUCAUACUUCUGUAUUAUUUCCUUCUUCACAUCUAUGGUGUUUCUCACUUUCUUUACCACAUGGGUACCACUAGCAAGUUUCUUUGGGCCCAUGGCAGCUUAUUUCACAGUCCCACAAGCACUAAACACAACGAAAUAAUCGUAAAAUGCGUGAAUGAGAGCGCAGGUUAUUGUUCACUCAAGCAUAAACAAAGCUAGACUGCUCACGGCGCCUGUGCGGGGACGCGGACGGAGCGGGCCGGCAGACAGAUCUUGUACCCGGUGGUCCGAAAAUAGGGGCGCGUUCGAUAAUAGGGACACAGUUUGUCCGAAAAAAUGGUCAUAUUUUCAAAACGUUUGAUAUGUGAUACGUUCGAUUUUUGAGGUUCCACUGUAUUUAGCUGGAUAUUUGAAGCUUUAUUUCCAAAUUUAGAGUGAGUUUGUUGGUUGUUAUCCAUAUAGACAUUUUUAGUAGCUCGUCGUUUACAGUGCUCUAAGCAUAGCUGGAUUUGGGUGGGAGAAGACCUAAACAGUGUCAUCUGCAAAUAGAUCAGGUUUAAGGAGUUUAGAUGCAUUGAGAAGAUCAUUGAUGUCAAUGCGAAAGAGUAGUGGGCCAGGGACACUACCCUGUGGGACUCCAACAACUACAGGCUGUGUAAUGGAGUUAAUGCCAUUUGUAUAUAUAUAUAUCUAUUGAUGUCUAUUGCUAAGAUAAGAUUUUAGGUAAUCAAGGGAAUGUCGUCUAAUCCCUUAAUGUUCAAGUUUUAGGCGCAAGAGAUUGUGGUCUACUAUAUCAAAUGCCUUCUAUAGGUCUGUGAAGAGUCCCAGGGGAUAUUAAUUUUUUUGAGUGUUGUGUAUAGUACUUCAAACAUUUGUAUAGUUGCAUCAUUCAUACUUUUUUCAGCCUAAAUCCAAACUGGCAGGGGUUAAGUAUGUUGUGGGAUAUUAGGUAGGAGUAAAUUUGCUUAUGUAUUAUUUUUUCGAAGAUUUUAGAUAGUAGGGGCAAGUUUGAUGUAGGUCUAUAGUUAUUUAUUCCAUUUGGAUUGCCUCCUUUGUGGAUCAGGGUAACCCUUGCUGUCUUGAGUAUGGAUGAGAAUAUUGAAGAUUCCACAGACUUGUUAAAAAGGGUUGCAAUAAUGGGUGACAGCACAUGGGCUGUCACCCAUGUGGCAGGUUAUUUAGGUUUCCUGCCUUUAUUUGAGUGUUUUAAUGAUGAGUGAGAUUUCAGUAGAUUUUAUUGGGGCUAGAUAUAGAGAGUAUUUGGGUAGCAAAGGGCUAGUAACUCCUUCUGUAUAAAUUGCUAAAUGUAAAAAGAAAAACUUUACGAAAGCAUUUCUUCUUUUUUGGGUCACCCUGCCUUGUUGGGAGAUGGCCAGUGUGUUUAAAAAAAAAAUAAAGAAUGGGGAUGAGAGUGCUUGAGAGGUGAACAAUUGGAAGUGAUGAAUCAGUAUGGUCAUGUAAUGCAUAAGGAAAGAAAGGUAAGGAUGUAUGAUAAUUAUAAUACCUCUCAAGGGAGGCUCCUUGAUGCUGUUGAGGGGCUCUUGAUCUAAGGAACUGCUCUUUUUCUUCCCUUCCUUGGAUCGAACCCAGUUGCCUCCCACUGUAUGAUAUCUAUGGGUUUAGUGCUUCCCUCCUACAUAACAAUAGUAAUAAAAAUAAUAAGAAUAGGAAUAGAAGGGAUAGAGGUUGGAGAAGCAGACUUCCAAAAAAAUGACGGGCACAUGUGAAGGUUGUUGAAAACGAGGAACAAAUGUCAUAAUAAUGUGGCUGGAACAGUUCACAGUACCCACAGAUUUGAAAAAAAGUAAAAGAAGUAAAAAGUCAGGGUAGAGGGAAGGUUAAGAGACAACCAAGGUCAGGUCAAGUUAUGCGCACUUGCCUCUUCAAGGGGGGCUCCUUGGUGUGGUGAAGAGGCUCUUGGUCUGAGGAAUUAGACCUGUCGGUCUCCUUCCUCAGACCGAACCUAAUUACCCCCCAAUCCCCCCUUCCCUGUCCCAUCCUCCCCUUUUUCCUUUCCUCCUCCUCCUCCCCACCCCUCCCUUUUGCCCUUCCUCUUUUUGGCCUUUGGGAUUUUUCCCACAGGCACACUAGUUCAUAGGUAGGGGGAAGGGUACUGGGGUCCAUCCCAUUCCAUUGAGGUUCUUGGCAGUGGUGUAGUUUGCCGUGGGAUCUGGAUUGCCUGGGGAUGUCCCGAUCCCUCUCCGGUAUCCCGGAGGGUGGCUUUGGGUGUUUUUCGGGCGACGGGUGUAUCUCUGGAAGCCACCUUUUGGAUUCCGGGGGUGGUGGCUGAUGGAGGUAUGCUUUGUGGCAGAUAUCCGGCCGCCCUCUCUUUUGUCCACCUAGGUAGCUCGGCAGAUGUGAGGUUGCUAUCCCGGAUUGCUGGUUUACUGGCAUGAAGGGUAGGGUAUGGCACGGGUUCCAUGCUGCAUCUGUGCUACUUGCGGUGCUGAGGUCCUCUUGGGCGAGGAGGGAGAUUUCUGGCCCUUUCAUUCAUCCUAGGAACUAUCCCUCCCCAGUCCCCCCUUUUUUUAUUCUUUUUUUUAUUUUUAUUUUCUUCUUUCUUUGUUUUCUUAAAAACAAAAAGAAAGAAGUAACCUAACCAUGGAGUCCCAAAUCCAUGACCCGGCUACUCCCGGGCCCCUUAUUGUUACCGCACCCUGUUCUGACCUCGCCUCGUCUUUUGGCCACUCUUUGGACACUCCUAAGGCCCCUGUACCUCUUGCUGGUGCUGUUUCGUCACCCGCUUAAGGUGCCGGGGUUUCGACUGACUCCUUUGAUUUGUCUGACCUCCGCUCUCCUUUGACUAUGCUUCUGGCCUCUCCCUCUACGGUGCGGCAAUUUUCGAAUUGCCAGCCCGUCCCACGUCGGACCAACUCUGGUCCCACUUCUAAACCCCAACGACAAUCUCCUGAUGAUGUUACUUCGUUACCUUCCCAUUCUACCUGGUAAAGACCGACACGUCACGCACUCCCUCUCCACACUCAGCUUCGGACCACACAAUGGACUAAAUUCUUCACUUUAAGACCGACUUCUGCUGCCUAUCUUUCUGACCAUAGUAUUGGCAAAGCGCUCUAUAGGGGAAGGAAGGCGGGGUAGGGGUCGUCCUCGAAAGGGUUGGAGAGAGGGGGUAAAGGAGGUUUUGUGGGCAAGGGGCUUGGACUUCCAGCAAGCGUGCGUGAGCGUGUUAGAUAGGAGUGAAUGGAGACGAAUGGUACUUGGGACCUGACGAUCUGUUGGAGUGUGAGCAGGGUAAUACAUGUAUUUAGUGAAGGGAUUCAGGGAAACCGGUUAUUUUCAUAUAGUCGGACUUGAGUCCUGGAAAUGGGAAGUACAAUGCCUGCACUUUAAAGGAGGGGUUUGGGAUAUUGGCAGUUUGGAGGGAUAUACCUGGAGGUUACCUGGAGGUUAUUCCGGGGAUCAACGCCCCCGCGGCCCGGUCCACGACCAGGCCUAUGUUGUGUAUCUUUAUAUGUGUAUGCUUCUAAACUGUUGUAUUCUGAGCACCUCUGCAAAAACAGUGAUAAUGUGUUAGUGUGGUGAAAAUGUUGAAUGAUGAUGAAAGUAUUUUCUUUUUGGGGAUUUUCUUUCUUUUUUGGGUCACCCUGCCUCGGUGGGAGACGGCUGACUUGUUGGAAAAAAAAAAAAAAAGCUACCCACCUUCACACCCGUUGGCAACAACGUUGGUCUACUCUGCUCGGUAACAAACUUCAUUCUAUUAAACCGAGUACAUAGGUUACUGGCCGUCUUCUUGUCACCAGUGUCGAGGUUGGGAGACUACUCUCUCCCGUCUUCGCAUUGGCCAUAUUCGUCUUACUCAUGGAUAUCUCAUGGAAAGGCACCCUGCUCCUCUCUGUGAGAAUUGUCAGGUUCCAUUAUCGGUCAGCCACAUUCUAUUAGACUGCCCACUUUAUCAACGAGCACGCAGAAUUUACCUCCGACGUCAUCUUCGCUCCGCUGCUCUCUCUUUACCUUCCCUUCUUGCUGAUGGACCCACCUUUCAUCCGGACUCUCUCAUUGACUUUUUGACAACAACUGACUGACUUCACAAACUCUGAUGAUACCUUCAGCCUUUUCUACCUCAGUCUCUUGCUACCCUCUGCCCCCGCACUAUCCCCUGCCCCGCUGUUUUCUGUAACCUACUGAUCAUCCCUUCCCCAUUCUGCCGCCCAUUACCCUCGCUUCUUUCCCUACCCUGCAGCAUUGUAUAGCCCUUGUGGCUUAGCGCUUCUUUUUUAUUCUAAUAAUAUGCGCACUUGGAAUGUUAGAAUAUUUGACGGAACUGUACUGUAUACUAAGAGGCAGGUAUCUAUAGCAAUAGAACUAGAUUCUUGUUUUGGAUGUUAUGUAUUAGGACUGAUUCACUGAAAUGGCAUCUAUGAAGGUUCAUGACCCUAAGGGUUCAGUGUGUUAUGAUUAUUAAAAUAACUAUGAAGGCUCAAAGAAGGAUAGACAAUGUUUGAAGAAGUAUUGAGUUACAAAAUCUUUUAAUCACAUGAGACUAAAUUCAGAAAAUGCCAUUAAAUGGCUAUGAACUUGAUUACAUUAGAAGUUGAGAUGCUUUCGCACCGCAACAGCAGGGCAAAGAAGCUGCUCACUCUGAUGUUAUGUUGUCAUAGAAUAUUUUAAGGAAAGAUGUUGAUUGAUACAAAACUGUUUAUAAAUGUAUUUGAGAGAGAAAUAAAUACAUGAGUAAAUGAUUUUGUAUUGAAAUUUAAGCAAAGAAAGGAUGUGUGUUAUAUUUCUGGUUUUAAAUUGAAAUAUUGCAAGUUGGGAAACAUUAAUGUCUUUCUAUAGCAAGUUAAUAAAUAAAACAUAUUAUUAGAGAAAUAAUUUUUUUGCAAGGCAGGGUGGGUGGGUGGAUAAGCAAUGGAAUGAGAUACUAACACUGUGAUAGAGAAAUGUAGUAAAGUAUGUGGGACCCUUUACUGACGAUAUUUUACCCAUUUGGUGAGUUUUAUCUGUUUGUAACUUGAUAAACCUACAGUGUGGACGAUAUAUCAGUAAUAAAGGAUUUCAUAUGA